AUGGCGCGCGACAUCACAGACACAUGGCCGGUUCACGAGAUCGUGUAUACCGCCAUUAUCGGCGUGGUAAUGCUGGCUGCUCUUCUUGAGUGGUUCUUGUGGAUCGCCGCAUUCCUCUACUGUCUGGUCAAGGUCUUCCAAAAGGCCGAACACUGGACCAUCAGAGUGCUAGCUAUCGUCGUUGGAAUUUUGUUCACGCUUCUACGAUGCAUAUUUUUGCCCAUUAUGGUUGUGACCCUACCACUACCCAGUGUCAUUGCCCAAUAUUGGCCUCCCAUGAUGGUCUCCUUCCUGCAAUGGUUCGCCUUUUGGAGUUUCGCGGGCCUCUUGACCGUCCCUUGGUUGUUCUGCAUUUAUCAACUUGUCACCCACCAGCUGGGGAGAACAAAGCGGGUCAAACAAGCUCUGGACGAAGUAUCAGCUCCCAAGGUUGUUAUUGUCAUGCCUUGUUACAAGGAGGAACCCGAUGUUCUCAUCACCGCCAUCAACUCCGUCGUGGACUGCGAUUACCCUCCUUCAUGUAUUCACGUGUUCUUGUCGUUUGAUGGAGACCAGGAGGACGAACUUUACCUCAACACCAUCGAGAAACUCGGCGUCCCGUUAACACUGGAAAGCUACCCCAAGAGUAUCGACAUCACCUACCGAGCCGCCAGAAUUACCGUGUCACGGUUCCCCCACGGCGGCAAGCGUCACUGCCAAAAGGCGUCCUUCAAGCUCAUCGACAAAGUGUACAAGAAGUACCUCGAGAGGAACGACAACCUGUUCAUCUUGUUCAUUGACUCUGACUGCAUCUUGGACAAGGUCUGCCUCCAAAACUUCGUGUACGACAUGGAACUUAGCCCGGGCAACCGACGUGACAUGUUGGCCAUGACUGGAGUCAUUACCUCUACUACCCAGUCUCACAGUUUGAUCACGCUACUGCAAGAUAUGGAGUACGUUCACGGUCAGCUUUUCGAGCGGACGGUAGAGUCGGGCUGCGGCGCUGUAACGUGUUUGCCCGGAGCUUUGACCAUGUUGCGAUUCUCGGCAUUCCGGCGCAUGGCCAAGUACUACUUUGCGGACAAGGCCGAGAACUGCGAGGAUCUCUUCGACUUCGCCAAGAGCCAUUUGGGAGAGGAUCGAUGGCUGACGCACUUGUUCAUGAUUGGUGCCAAGAAGCGCUACCAGAUCCAGAUGUGCACAUCGGCCUUUUGCAAGACGGAAGCAGUGCAGACGUACAAGUCUCUGGUGAAGCAACGACGACGAUGGUUCCUGGGUUUCAUCACCAAUGAGGUGUGCAUGUUGACGGAUUGGCGUCUGUGGAAGCGAUACCCUAUCCUGGUCCUGGUCCGUUUCAUGCAAAACACAAUUCGAACGACGGCGCUGCUGUUUUUCAUCAUGGUUCUUUCCAUCAUCACGACGACCAAGAAGGUCAAGGAUCUCCCCGUCGGCUUCAUUGCCAUCUCCCUGGGACUGAACUGGCUGCUCAUGAUAUACUUUGGUUUUAAGCUUAGAAGGUUUAAGAUCUGGUUGUAUCCGGUCAUGUUCAUUGUCAAUCCCUUCUUCAACUGGUACUACAUGGUCUACGGUAUCUUCACCGCCGGACAGCGAACGUGGGGUGGCCCUCGCGCCGACGCCGCCACGGCCGACACCGAAACGACGCCUCAGCAAGCCAUCGAGCAGGCCGAACAAGCCGGUGACGAACUCAAUAUCGUGCCGGAGACCUUCAUCCCGGCUGCCGAAGCCAGCGGCAAGAAGAAGACGGGUCUUACCCGCCAAGGCAGUAAAGUCCUGCCGCCCGACCGCGCGCAGGGCAAGUUUGCCGCCCCCGAGCGCAAGGCAAACGGCUUCUACGCACACCCCGAGGAAUCGCAGUUCAGCGUCAACAUCAUCAACGGCAGCGGCUCAACUGCUUCGCUACCGCAGCACCGCUUUGAUCUCCAGCACCGCGACUCGUGGGACAGCUUCAUGACGGAGCGCACGGGCAUGACGAGCUCGGUCUACUACCCCCGUCGCGUCGAGAGUAUCAUGGGCGAGGAGGAUCGCAAGAAAUACGAGAUGGCACAGGCGAGCCAGUAUAACCAGUUCCUGGCCAAUUCAAAGCAGGCCGCCAUCCCGCCCAAGGGGCAGGUGUACGAGAUUCCCGAUGAGGAACUAGCUCGUAACGGCUGGACAAGCAACAACACAAACAAUACUAACGACAUGGCGGUGCCGUACACGGAUUAUCCCGAGGGGCAGCAACAGCAACACAGUAGUCGACAGCCCCGAAGCUAUAACGCGAGCGCCUCGUCUUCGAGGGAUGUGUCUUCGAGGGAUGUUUCGCCGGCGCCGAGACUGGAGGUGCCGCAGACGACGCAGCAGCGGGGUUUAAGGUCGGGGAGAAGUCCGCUGGGUAGGAGAAGUUGGAUGAGGACUUCGGCAGCGGACAUGGAGGAGAUGGAGAUGGAUGGAUUUGAGAAUCGGGGCCAGCAGGGGCAGAGAAGCGGACAGAACCAAGAGCAUUAUCAGCCGAGGGGGAUGGAGAGGCCGCCUCCGCCUUCGCCGAGGUGA